AAGAAAAACAAAAGCAUUUCGAAAUAAACAAAUAACAGGACUUGCUAAUUUCACCAACUCUCACUUAUAUAACACACGUCAAGCAUUCCGGUCUGGCUACCUGAAAAACUGUUUUCUCUAUAACUACUUCAACUUUAUAAAAUGGCACCCAACAAAGGUGAAACUAAAUCACUACUUUCCAAUAAGGUUGAACCUACCAGAAGCUGCUGUUGCUCUAGGAAGAUGGCAAUUCUUUGUGUGUCCGUAUUUGGUGUUGCUUUAAGCGCCAUCAGUCUCAGCUUUUUCGCAGUGUCAUCCUACCCUCUGCAUGCAUCUUGCCGUGUGGACUGGACUUUUGGAAAACCAUGUGAUGUUGUUCAAACAGCUCUAGUGAAUCAAAUGCAAAAAUGGAACAUGGAUACUCAGAACUUGUGUGGCUCUGGACAAAAGUGUUUGUACCAGUUCCUUACUUCAUCCCCAACCAAAGUUACGGGAACGCACACAACUCCGGUGAAACGUUAUGUUGAUGACGUUUCGUACACUUUUACUCCCGCCGCAGACAAUUCCUGUUCCGUCCAGGGCUUUUCAACAUCCCAGACGUGGUACGCAGUGCUGGAUUAUGGAACCAAUUACUGUAACAUCAAAAACCUUGUGGAUGGAUCCAACCUAGGAGUCAACGAUUCCAAAUACAGUGAGAACACUCGUGAUGCCGUAUGUACGCAGUAUUCUUCAGCGAAUUGCGAAGUCUACUAGAAUGUGUCAAAUUCUCUCUACUAUUUCUCUUGAUAAUAUCAUUUAAACUACAUUAAGCCCAUUCCUACCUACUGUACUUAGCCUUAAGAUGGUGUAGUAUCGAUACCGGAAUCAUACAAGCAUUGCGUAAAA